CAAUCCCACCCAGAGCCAGAGACCACGGAUCGGAGAAGAAAAGGAAUGUAAGCCUCAGCACACACGUAUAGACGACGACGUAGCCUUCGUUCACAGAAGCUGAUCGCGCGAGACCCCGUCCGUCGUCCCGCGCGCGCGCAUGGGGGCCGAGGCGGUGGCAUACCCGGCCGUGCUCCUCGUGCCGUUCCCGGCACAAGGCCACAUCACGCCCAUGCUGCAGCUGGCGGGCGUGCUCGCCGCGCACGGCGUGGCGCCCACCGUCGCCUUGCCGGACUUCAUCCACCGACGCAUCGUCGCUGCCUGCGGUGGCGGCGGCGUCGUCGGCGUCACGCUGGCGUCCAUCCCCAGCGGCAUCGAUAUCGUCCAGCAGGACGCCGCGGCUGGCGACGACGACGACACCCCGGGGUUCCGCGACAUCGUGCAUUCCAUGGAGCACCACAUGCCCCUGCACCUGGAGCGCAUGCUGACGUCGCCGCGCAGGCCGCCGGUCGCCUGCGUCGUGGUCGACGUGCUGGCGUCGUGGGCCGUCCCCGUCGCCGCGCGCUGCGGCGUGCCCGCGGCCGGCUUCUGGCCCGCCAUGCUCGCCUGCUACCGCGUCGUCGCCGCCAUCCCGGAGCUCCUCGAGAAGGGUUUAAUCUCGGAAUCCGGUACGCCGAUCUCGUCGUCGUCGACCGACAGCGAUGAACAGGACGCCCGGACGGUACGGGGCCUCCACAUCCUGCCGGCGCAGGUGGAGCUCCGCGUCGAGGAGCUGCCGUGGCUCGUCGGCGACUCGGCCACCCGGAGGUCCAGGUUCGCCUUCUGGCUGCAGACCUUGCACCGCGCCCGGGGCCUCCGCUGGGUGCUCGUCAACUCCUUCCCGGCCGAGGCCGGGUGUCCAGCCGCCGCCGCCGCCGCCGCUGGGGACGAGGACGAGGACGACGGCGCGCACCGGCAGCAGGGCCCGCGUGUCAUCCCCGUCGGGGCGGCGCUGCUACCGGCCGGCGGCAUCGGCGAGCGCACGAAGCAGCAGCAGCAGUGCGUCAACAUUAAUAAGAGCCCCAGCAUGUGGCGCGCGGACUCGACGUGCAUCGGGUGGCUGGACGCGCAGCGCGCCCGGUCGGUGGUGUACGUCUCGUUCGGCAGCUGGGUGGGGUCGAUCGGGCCGGGCAAGGUGCGCGAGCUGGCGCUGGGGCUCGAGGCCACGGGCCGCCCGUUCCUCUGGGCGCUCAAGCGCGACCCCUCCUGGCGCGCGGGGCUCCCCGACGGGUUCGCGGGCCGCGUGGCGGGCCGGGGCAAACUGGUCGACUGGGCGCCGCAGCAGGACGUGCUCCGCCACGCCGCCGUCGGCUGCUACCUCACCCACUGCGGAUGGAACUCCACGCUCGAGGCCAUCCAGCACGGGGUGCGCCUGCUCUGCUACCCGGUCUCCGGGGACCAGUUCAUCAACUGCGCCUACAUCACCGGCCUGUGGAAGAUCGGGCUCAGGCUCGGCGGCAUGAUGCGCGACGACGUCAGGGCCGGCGUCGAGAGGGUCAUGGACGACGGCGGCCACCUGCAGGAGAAGGUCUGGGCGCUGCGGGAGCGCGUCGUGACGCCGGAGGCGAGGCGCGGGGCCGACCGGAACGUCAGGUCCUUCGUGGACGAGAUCACGAGAGACCACCCGCUGGUGGUGCAACUAUACAGUGUCUUGUAGCGAUAUAGCUAGCAUGCAGGCCUGCCAUCGUUACAUUACAUGCAUGUACAUUAUGUAUCUUCUUCGUUUUGUUUUGUCUUCACGACUAAAAUGGUUGUGAUCCGUGCUAGCAAAACGAUCUUAGCUC